UGGUGCAGGCGGCUUCGGUAGUAAUAUUUUUUAUUUAGAACUUGAACAGUAUGAAGUCUAACGCGAAUGUGCCAUUAGUAAAUUAAUUGUUAAUAAUUGUUACAUUUAAGUGUCCAAGAUUGAUGUGAUAACAAUACGUAUGUUUAUAGUGGCUUUAUUUAGUUUUUGAAGAUGUUAUAGAGAUACAAAGAUCAGAAAAAAGUUUUAACAUCAGGGCACGAAUGGGUUUACAUUUUUGUGCGAUGUUGCACCAUGAUUUUGCCCCACUGCAACUUAUAUUUAUCACUCGGUAAUAGCCUAAAAAAACCAGUUGUGUGUCAUACGGUAUACAUCACUAGCUGCUGACCAUUGUUCAGAGAGACUGAAAGGUACAACCCGUUAGAGAAUUGGCGCUGAAGUCAAUGUAAACAUGCAUCGAGCGUCGACGAGCACGGAGCGCUCGGAGCGCACGCCGCUGGUGCAGCCGACGUAUGUGUUCGAGUCCAGCCUGGCACGCAGCUACCAGAAACGGCUCCAUCGGAUACAGUGCGCCCUCUGUGUCGGGAUCAUUGCUGUCCUCGGAGUGGCGCUUCUAGCCACCGUCUCCUACAACCUGGCACAGGACAUUCCUGAUGAUACAGACACUGGCAUGAACGGCACUCAGACUCUCUCGCUUAAGCCUGGCAUGCUGAAGUUUUCAAACCCUGUGAAAGGAAGAAGGCUCAUGUUGUCAGAACCUUUGAUGCCACUGAUGAAUGUGUCGUGGCCUUUGGAAGACUCAUAA